GCCUCCACUUGUGUAGGCGCUCUCUUUUAAAGCAGAGCAUUUACGCACGGCAGUCAGUCGUUAACGGGCAGCCCGAUAACGGUGCUCCUCCACCUAAUCUCCACCUUAAAAGAGCAGAGAUUAAGGGGACAAGUGAGCAUAGCGGGAGAGAGGAGACAGCGGGGGAGACGAGAGGAAGAGAAAGACAAGAAUGAUGAAAGGGGGGAGGAGAGCGGAUCAUUCCGGCUGCCCGCAUCUGCUGCUCCAGUGAAGGGGUUAGAGAGAGAGAGAGAGAGAGAGAGAAGGAGAGGCAAGGAGGACAUGGCACAGCGCUUCAGCAUCCACAACACACGGGAGUGGUGCGCCACCGAGACCGGAGCCCCGGACCCACCCGAAGCAGCUGCAGCCGCAGCAGCAUCAGACUCACCGCGCUCCAGUCGCGCCUACUGCCCGAGAGACAGCGCCUCAGCCCCGGCCAGAGACAUUAAUCAUCGCUCUCUGCCUUUCUGCAUGUGAGUCCUCAGCUGGAAGCAGGGUACCUCGACUGCGUUUCUCAUAAAUGGAGACCUUUCUUCUUCCCCGACAUCUGACGCAGCUUUCCUCUCCACCUGCCAUGGUGACAUGACACACCCCUGAGUGUCUGUGCCGCCUUUUUUUUCCUCACACAAAGACAAUCUCAUCAAAAUCCCAAAUCCAGAGGACGCACUCUUUGAGAAACACAACCAACCCGUCUACGCACAACAACUCUUCUCCGCAAUGACAGUGGCGGUGCGAUUCCGCCGCCACCUGCGUAGGCUCCUGCUCCUGCUGGCCUCCUGCUGUCUCCUCUCCCUCCUGCUUUCUGCGUACUUCCUGUUCACAAACUCCUCUCCCUCCAUGCAGCUGGGACAAUCUCCGGAACCUGCCUGUGCACAGCCUCUCUCCAUGUCCCCGUACCAUCAACUCCCGUACCCGUACCCUCCCAAUCCCCCACACACCCACGUCCACACUGACCCAGUGGUGCUGGUGCUGGUGGAGUCUCAGUACUCCCAGCUGGGUCAGGACAUUGUGGCUAUAUUGGAGUCGGCACACUUUCAGUUCCGCAUGGAGAUUGCCUCAGGGAAGGGCGACCUGCCGCCGCUGACGGAGAAAGGCAGAGGACGUUAUUCUCUCAUCAUUUAUGAGAACUUGUUAAAGUAUGCACAUGCGGACACAUGGAACAGACAGCUGCUGCAUCAAUACUGCACAGAGUACAGAGUGGGCAUCAUCGGCUUCUACCGCUCCACAGAGAACUCGCCUCCUCUACUCAAACUUCGAGGCCUCCCUCUGGUGCUCAGGACCAACCAGGCGCUGUGGGACUGCUGCGUGGUCUCCAGCUCACCUCUCCUCCAGCUGACCAAACCCGGCACGGAUCGAGGGGCUUUGCCAGGGGAGGACUGGACCUCCUUUUCCUCGAACCACUCGACAUACCAGGCCGUGCUGCAUGCACGGGCCAAGGAGGGCGCAGGGGCAGGCAGCGGCGAUAAUCCAGGGCCUGGGUUUAGUCUAGGCCUCCAAGCCACUGUGGUACAGGACAUGGGGCUCUAUGACGGGGUAAGGAGGGUGCUGUUUGGCCAGGGACUGGGAUACUGGCUGCACAAACUCAUCCUGGUGGACGCCAUCUCCUACCUCACAGAAAGGAAGCUAACUUUGGGUCUGGACCGGCACAUACUGGUGGAUAUAGAUGACAUUUUCGUUGGGAAGGAGGGAACGCGCAUGAACACAAAGGAUGUAAAGGCUCUCCUCGACACUCAGAAACAGCUGCGUUCUCAGAUCUCCAACUUCACCUUCAACCUGGGCUUCUCUGGAAAGUUUUACCACACAGGCACAGUUGAGGAGGAUGAAGGAGACGAUCUGCUGCUGAAGUACGUGGAUGAGUUCUGGUGGUUCCCCCACAUGUGGAGCCACAUGCAGCCUCACCUCUUCCACAACGAGUCCUCACUGCUGGAGCAGAUGGUCCUCAACAAGGAGUUUGCUCUGGAGCACAACAUCCCGGUGGACAUGGGCUACGCCGUGGCACCCCACCACUCGGGCGUCUAUCCGGUUCACCUGCAGCUCUACAAGGCAUGGAGGCGUGUGUGGAACAUCCAGGUCACCAGCACUGAAGAGUACCCCCACCUCAAACCUGCCCGCUACCGCAAGGGCUUCAUCCACAACAACAUCAUGGUGCUGCCUCGCCAGACGUGUGGCUUGUUUACUCACACCAUCUACUAUAAGGAAUACCCCGGUGGACCUAAAGAGCUGGACAAAAGCAUCCGUGGGGGAGAGCUGUUUCUCACUGUGCUACUCAACCCAAUCAGUAUUUUCAUGACCCACCUGUCUAACUACGGCAAUGAUCGGCUGGGUCUGUACACGUUCGUAAACCUGGCCUCCUUUCUCCGCUCGUGGACAAACCUGAGACUCCACACGCUCCCGCCCCUGCAGCUCGCACACAAGUACUUCCAGCUGUUUCCCGAACAAAGGAACCCACUCUGGCAGAACCCCUGUGAUGACAAACGGCACAAAGACAUCUGGUCUAAAGAGAAAACAUGUGACAGGCUACCCAAGUUUAUGGUCAUAGGCCCACAGAAAACAGGAACGACAGCACUUUAUCUCUUCCUGCUCAUGCAUUCCUCCAUCUCCAGUAACUUCCCCAGUCCCAAGACUUACGAGGAGGUCCAGUUCUUCAACACCAAUAACUACCACAAAGGAAUCGACUGGUACAUGGAGUUUUUCCCCGUGCCUUCUAAUGUUAGCACUGACUUCCUGUUCGAGAAAAGCGCUAACUACUUUCCGUCGGAGGACUCCCCGCGGCGGGCUGCUGCCCUGCUGCCAAAGGCCAAGAUCAUCACCCUGCUCAUCAACCCCUCUGACAGGGCCUACAGCUGGUAUCAGCAUCAAAGAGCUCAUGAGGACCGUGCAGCCCUACAGUUCACCUUCUAUGAUGUCAUCAGCGCGAGACCAGGCGCACCGGCUGAGCUCCGCUCCCUCCAGAACCGUUGCCUCAUCCCGGGUCUUUACUCCACACACCUGGAGAGGUGGCUAACUUACUAUCCCGCCAACCAGGUGAUGAUUAUAGACGGCCAUCAGCUGAGAACGGAUCCUGCUGCAGUGAUGGAUGAAGUCCAGAAGUUCCUGGGAGUCACUCCUCACUUUAACUACUCCCAGGCCCUCACGUUCGACCCUCAGAAGGGCUUUUGGUGCCAGCUCCUUGAGGGAGGAAAGACCAAGUGUUUGGGGAAAAGCAAAGGGAGAAAGUACCCUCCUAUGGAGCCAGAGGCUCAUGCAUAUCUCUCCAGGUACUACAGGGAACACAACGUGGAGCUGUCAAAGCUGCUGCAUCGUCUCGGACAGCCUCUUCCCUCCUGGCUGAGAGAGGAGCUUCAGAAGGUUAGAUAACCUUUGCAUCCAUGAACAGGGGAUAAAGGUCAAUGGGUCAACGACCAGGAAGAAACCAGGAGCAGCGCCUGACCUUCAGAUGCGACUGUCUGCGGCCUUUGAGUGAACCCUGAGGUGACGGCAAGGACAGGGAGCCUUGUCUCACUUAGGAGCUGUGACCCUGCUGGAGAAAACAGAGGUCAGGAGAGCGCAAAGACAUUUAGACGGGCUGAAACUGAACUAUUGAACCGUGGAUGAACCAUCUGAGGGACUAAAGAAAUGCAAGUUUUGGGUCACCCUCAGCAGAAACUGAGACCUGAUGAAGAGAAUUUUGGUAGAAGAGAAGCAUCUUUGCAACUCUUCAAUACUCCCACCCUGUUCUGAGCUGUGGAACGCUUUUUAACCGCAGACCAGCAGAGACUCUGAUGGUGACUUCUCUUCUUAUUGUUUUAUUUCAUCUUUGAGUUACGAUGCCAGGGCAGCGCUGGUCGGCUGUGCGUGGUUUCCAGAGAUAUGACUUUGCACUAAAAUCCAUUCCAUGUAUUUUCAAAAAGGGAAUAAUGCACCCCGUGUAGAAUUGUUUUGACUUCCUCUUUUUGUUCUCUUUUUUGUCACAAUGAGAGUGAAUCAAUAGGGAGAAGAAGUGCAUAGACUCAGGGUGAGUGACAGGCUGUUACUUUCCAUCAUAAGUUGUCGUUCUUUAGUUUUAUUUUAUUUUUUUUAAAUUGAAGAUAAUUUCUGGUAGAUUUAUCACCCUUUACAGAUGUCACUCGAGGCAUUCACUGGAAAGUAUAGACUGGUGAAGCAAGAUGCAUUUGCCCACUCAUUCUUUUCCUGCGGCGAGGCGUGCAGAAGAACACCAUGUCGGUCUGGCAGAGCACGAGCGCUCGCGAUUUCAGCGCUAAGGAUCGAGGAAACAUGACUCUGCGGGAUGAAAAGGGACCGAAACAAGCCUAAUGGAAAAGACACUUCAUUCCAAGACCCUUUAAGUAGCUUCUGUAACUGCAGGCAAUUAUUUUUCUUUGUUUUAUCAUUAUCUCAUUCUUCAAGUCUUAACCUCCUUUUUUUUUUUAUUCCUUUGUAAAAAACCAGUGGCCUACGUUGUUGAGCUUCAAUUUGAAUGCAAAAAAAACCCCAAAAUGUCAAACACAGAAACCAAAAUUAAAGACAUGGAGAUGA